AUGCCUAUCACAGGCGUCUACUUCAUCCCCUCAAACCCAAACGCCUCAACAGCCCUGCAGAUAAUAACAGAGCGUCUGCGCGCCGCCUUCCCAAAUGAAGAACCAACCCCAAUCGGCCGCUGGGGCCUUGAACAAAAGCUCCUACGCGAUACCCCAGGUCUACUCCCCUCUUCAAACUCAAACAAGAAACCCUCAAACCCACGCUACAUGCAAUUCCUCUCCUUAACCCACUACCCAACUCACGGCUUCAUCUACACCUCGGAGCCCGAGAAGCCCAUCCCAGCACCAAACCAAAAUCAAAAUCAAACCCAAGGCGCGCCUGGCCCCGUAAAUGCCAUCGCGCCAGACCACUCCGCCUCCCCACCAAUGAUCAUGACAACUGUCCCCCCUUCCUCAUAUGGAACCCUCUUUCAGCACUUCACCUACGCUUGUCAGCCAUUCUGGAGCCACCGGCUCACCCUCGCUGUCCCGAACGGGAUCGUCUACGAGGUUGGUGACUUCCGCGUGCGUCUUGGUGAUGUGCGGCAGACGUUCCCGACGGCGCGAGUGCGUGGAACUGUUGUUGAGAUUGAGUGGCGUGGUCCGUCGGUUGUAGAGGCUAUUCCCGUGGAUCGGGAGGAUGGGUCGUUUGGUGCUGGUGUUGAUGCUGGGGGUGAGGGUGAUGUGGACGUUGAAGCUGCGGGGAUCAACCUCGAUAGCUCUGCGAUUGAGGAGUCCGACAUCGAUGCCGAGUAUGCGGCGACUGCGUCGUUGAUUCGGGAGUUUUGGGGGAGAUUGGGUGUUGAGGCUCGCGAGGCGAUUCUUAUUCCGAAUGUUGGGAUGGAGGUUAAGGAUCGGCUGAGGAGGUGGAAGAAGGCUGAGUCGUCUGGCAUGGACGCUAGGGUUGAUAGUAGAGUUGAUGGGGCUGGCUCUGUAAUUGGCGAGCGUGCCGAGGAAGAUCCUAAUCCGUGGUCUGGGGCAGAUGUUGCGAGGCAGUUCAUGGAGGUUUUGAGAUUUAAUCGAUAG